GCAUCAAGCUGUAGCCAAUCACAAGUCAGCUGAAGGCAUAAAAACAAGAGAGCAUGAUAUUUGGUGAAGCAGGAAGGAGAGAGGAAGCAUAGGCUCACAUGAUGGCAUUUGCACUGGUUUCCAUCUUAAUUGCUGCCAUUCCUGUGGCCUACUGCUAUCCUACUGCGUUCCAACAGCUGGAGGGGACUGGUACAAACAGAACAUCUAUUAAGUUCUUGGCUGUAGGAGACUGGGGUGGAGUGCCUUAUCCCCCCUAUAUCACUGCUGUGCAGAAGGCUACUGCUCGAGAAAUGAGCAAGGUAGCAGAGCAGAUGGGAGCUGACUUUGUUCUGGCCCUUGGUGAUAAUUUCUACUUCAAAGGUGUGGACAGUGUGGACUCUCCUCGUUUUAAGGACACGUUUGAGUCUGUGUACACUGCAAAGUCUCUAAAAGUACCCUGGUAUGUGCUUGCUGGAAAUCAUGACCAUGCAGGAAAUGUCAAAGCCCAGAUCGAAUACAGCCAAAAAUCUGACCGAUGGAAAUUUCCCUCUUACUACUAUGAGCUGAACUUCCGCAUCCCCAACACGGGGAAAACUUUGACAAUCUUCAUGCUCGACACCAUACUGCUGUGCGGAAACUCUGAUGACUUCUUGGACGAGAAGCCAAGGGGGCCCCUGAGUGCAAUUGAUGCAAACCGUCAGCUGGUGUGGCUGCAGGAGAGGCUGGCAGUGAACAAGGCAGACUUCUUAUUAUUGGCUGGUCACUAUCCUGUGUGGUCUGUGUCUGAACACGGCCCCACACAGUGCCUCCUUCAAAGGCUUCAGCCUCUUCUCAUCAAAUACAAGGCCACUGCUUACCUCUGUGGUCAUGACCACAAUCUGCAGUACAUCGAAGAGUCGGACGUGGGCUAUGUAGUGAGUGGUGCUGGAAACUUCCUAGAUCCUGAUGUCCGUCACUGGAACCAUGUUCCCAAAGGUUCUGUCAAGUUCUUUACAGGGCAAGCUUCAACACUUGGAGGCUUUGUUCAUGCAGAAGUCACAAAGAACCACCUGAUCCUGACCUACUACCAGGCCAAAGGCACUUCUCUCUAUCGCACCGUCCUCUCCCAAAGGAACUUUGAGUAAAAAAAAAAACUGCUGUUAACCUGAUUUUUAAACUUUGGCAUUAAUGUUUCAAAUCUAUUGAUGCAUGUUUUUAAGGAGAAUCAACUAAUUUUACAUGGAAGCCUAUUGUAUGAAAGAAUAAAUGUGGUUUGUAAACUGA